GUUAGAAGCGUGCACGCAGAAAAGCAGAAAUAACAAUUAAGUAACAUAUGGCCAGCACACAAAAGAGAGAUUCAUAUAGUUCCUUAAUAGAGAAAAGCAUCGCUAAUAUAAAUACAGAUUAAAAGUAAUAUUAAAAAUAAGCAGAGCAAAAGUUAUUUUACAGCAAACAAAAGCACCAAAGAACACAGCUGCUUAAUAGUAAAAUGCAGCAUAACAAGAAAGUGAAGCUGAGAUUUUUCCUAAGAAUUAGCAAACUUAAAAUGCAACAGCCCGCCGUCAGUAGCAAGUAAAUCAGAAAACGAUCAUCAAUUACCUGCUUAACAGCAGGUGUACAGUGUACAAGUGAAUCGACAGGAUAACCAGGCGCUGGGCAUCAGGAUAAGAAACACAACGGGUUGCUUGUUAGCCACAAACACUUGAGCGACGCUGAGCUUGUUGGCUGCUGCACGAGUGUAAGUGGAAAAACGACAAGACAAAGAAAUUGGAUUAUAAGUAGAGAUACGUUGAGCACAGUAAAAACAGUUGUUGACAGUGUGGGAAUGUGUGGCUGGUAGAGUCGGGCAGUAACAAGCCGGAAGCAUUAGGGCGUUACGCAUAGCAAAUUAUGAGCUCACAAAUGUCAAUCACUUGAGUUGAAUAGAGGCGCUGGAAGCGACAAAUUCAAAUAUCCCUGUGCAUGUAUCCCAUUUACGGACCAAUUUUACAGCCGAUUGAAGAUAGUUUCCAGCAACUAGAUGACAAGUUGAACGGUACGCACUAAUGCGCAUACACACAGAUAUACUAAAUACGGACAUAUCUUAAAUCUAGCAAAAUAAGUGUGUACGUGUGUGCGUUUGUGAGUGCGUGUGCGUCAUGUGAAUGAACGGCUAUUCAACCGGUUGUGCUCAUGCCAAUAAUUUCCUCAACCAAUUACAUGUAUGAGCACAACAACAACAUAAACAACAGCAGCAACAGCAACUGCAAUAGCAAGAACGUUUCAGAUACCCAAUUCAAAAUGACAGAUGUGUCACAUACAGUUGCAACAACAGCAACAGCAACAGCAACAACAGGUACUACAACAUCUCCGGUUGCUACGGCAGCAGAUGCUAACGUAUCUUCUGGCUCCUUGCCCAACCGUAAAGUUGGCUCUAUCGAUGACCCAGCUGACAGCAUAAAUAAAUCCUUUACAAAUGGGGAUGGCCAUCACGCAGAGAAAUUGACUUCAUUUAUAAAAACUGAUAAGCAACACUUGAGUCAAAACAACAAUGAGGGAGCAGUUGGCAGUGACGGCAUGGCAACCAGCUUGACCAGCAAUCGUUCGGUUCAAUCACCUACAACUGCCAUGGCAGUUCAACGUGGGCGCACACAAUCCACGGACAAUGGCAGCAUCACGGCCAGCACAACUAAUUCGAUUUCCGCUUGCGAUAUGGCAACGUUAAUGCAUUCCAGCAACAACAGCGCAGCCAAUACGGCGCUCAACUCACCGGUAAGUUGCUGCAGUCCGACAGUGAAUUCGACGGCGACGACAGCAGCAACAGCCGCGGCGGCAGCGUGCAAUAAUGGAGGCAAGGUAGCGCGUCGUGAGGCCACACAGCAAGAAGUAGACGAGGUGGCGCGUUUGUUCGAGGAGAAACCGGAAGCAUUCGAGAAAUGGCUGAUGGAGCGUGCGCCACCAGAGGCGCUGGCACGAUUGCACGAAUUCAUCGAUUCACGAAAACCGCCAAAGCGGCCGUCAGUGACGUCCGAUAUAUUUCAGCAAUGGAUGGCAGCGUCGCCGGUACCGAAAUCCAAAUGCCGUUCACUAUCCGCAUCCUCUGGAAAUUCAUUAUUUGAUAGUCGACGCCAUUUAAUGGAACUGGACGAAGGUGAACUAUUCAUGGAGUUGAUUCGUGAUGUGGCCAAUGAAUUGGAUAUUGAUGUGCUGUGCCAUAAAAUACUCGUCAAUGUGGGACUGCUUACUCAUGCGGAUCGUGGCUCAUUGUUUUUAGCCAAGGGACCACCGAACAAUAAAUACCUGGUUGCAAAGCUCUUCGAUGUGACACAGAAGACAGCGCUGAAGGAUGCUGUUAAGAAGGCUAAAUUAGAAGAGAUACGAAUACCUUUUGGUGUGGGCAUUGCCGGCAUGGUAGCGCAAACAAAAGAGAUGAUCAACAUAAAGGAGGCCUACAAGGAUGCGCGUUUCAACUGUGAGAUAGAUUUAAAGACUGGCUACAAAACGAAUGCGAUAUUAUCGAUGCCCAUAUGCAAUUACGAGGGGGAUGUUAUAGGAGUGGCGCAAAUUAUUAAUAAAACGAAUGGUUCCAUGGAAUUCGACGAGCAUGACGUGGAGAUUUUUCGUCGUUACCUGACCUUUUGCGGCAUUGGCAUACAAAAUGCCCAACUAUUCGAAAUGUCCGUCCAGGAAUAUCGACGCAAUCAGAUACUUUUGAGUUUGGCACGCAACAUAUUCGAAGAGCAAAACAACUUGGAGUGCUUAGUGACGAAAAUUAUGACCGAAGCGCGUGAGUUGCUGAAAUGCGAAAGAUGUGCCGUAUUUUUGGUGGACUUGGAUUGUUGUGAGGCGAGUCAUUUGGAAAAAAUUAUCGAAAAACCAAAUCAACUGCAAAGUCGACUAAAUCGCGCGAUCAAAGAUGUUGAUGGCGAGGAAAAUGAGGAUAAAAAGGCGCGCACCCGCUUCACAGUGCUAUUCGAGCUGGGUGCCUCCAAUCAAUCGGCCAACAUUUCACGACCCUCCGUCAAUGAUCUAUGCAAUUCCACUUUGGCACAGAUUGCACAAUUUGUUGCAACCACCGGGCAGAUUGUGAAUAUCAGCGACGUUCACGAGUGGGUGCGCGAGCAUAAUCAGAUACGUACUGAGAAUGAAAUUGAUGCGACCAAGGCGAUCUUGUGUAUGCCGAUAGCGAAUGCGCAGAAGACGGUUAUUGGUGUGGCGCAGUUGAUCAAUAAGAGCACCGGUUUGCCCUUCACCGACUCGGAUGUCUCAAUUUUCGAAGCUUUCGCUAUAUUUUGUGGUCUAGGCAUACACAAUACGCAAAUGUACGAAAAUGCCUGUAAAUUGAUGGCCAAACAGAAGGUGGCAUUGGAAUGUCUGUCCUAUCAUGCGACCGCCAGCGCGGAUCAGACCAACAAGCUGGUCAGCGAUAAAAUUGGCUCUGCCGAAACAUAUGAUCUGUAUAGUUUUAAGUUUAUAGACUUUAAUCUCUGUGAUGAUGACACUUGUCGCGCCGUCUUGCGCAUGUUUCUGCAAUGCAAUCUAGUCGCACAAUUUCAAAUACCCUAUGAAGUCAUUUGUCGUUGGGUGCUUAGUGUACGCAAGAAUUACCGUCCCGUUAAGUAUCACAAUUGGCGCCAUGCGCUCAAUGUGACCCAAACAAUGUUCGCUAUGUUGAAGACUGGCAAAAUGGAACGUUUCAUGACUGAUUUGGAAAUACUGGGCCUUUUGGUGGCUUGCUUAUGUCACGAUCUCGAUCAUCGUGGCACAAAUAAUGCAUUCCAAACAAAAACCGAGUCCCCACUGGCUAUACUUUACACGACAAGCACCAUGGAGCAUCAUCACUUUGAUCAGUGCGUAAUGAUUUUGAAUUCGGAAGGCAAUAAUAUAUUUCAGGCACUUUCGCCCGAAGACUAUCGUUCCGUCAUGAAAACCGUGGAAAAUGCUAUACUUUCAACCGAUCUGGCGAUGUAUUUCAAGAAGCGUAAUGCCUUCCUAGAACUUGUCGAAAAUGGCGAAUUCGAUUGGCAAAGUGAGGAAAAGAAGGAAUUACUAUGCGGCAUGAUGAUGACUGCGUGUGAUGUGAGUGCCAUAGCAAAGCCAUGGGAGGUCCAGCAUCGCUUAGCCAAACUGGUGGCGGAUGAAUUUUUUGAUCAGGGUGAUCUCGAGAAACUGCAGCUAAACACGCAACCAAUUGCAAUGAUGGAUCGUGAGCGCAAAGACGAGUUGCCCAAAAUGCAAGUGGGCUUCAUAGAUGUCAUCUGCUUACCACUCUAUCGUGUGCUUUGCGAUACUUUCCCCUGGAUAACGCCACUGUACGAAGGCACGCUGGAGAAUCGACGCAAUUGGCAAGAUUUGGCUGAGAAAGUCGAAAUGGGUCUCACUUGGAUUGAUCACGACACAAUCGAUAAGCCAGUGGAGGAGUUUGCCGGCUGUGCCGACGAAGAGAUCAAGGAUAUUGAAUUCACUGUGACCACACUCAAUUGCCAUCCGCAACAGCAGCACGGCGAUGAUGCCUCCACGCCGGAACAUCAUCGUGGCAGUACGCGGCUAAGUAUCAAAAAGACAGGCGCUCUGGGUAAGGCGGUACGUUCGAAGUUGACCAAAACUCUAUACAACAGCAUGGAUGGCGUGAAACAGAAAUCAUCAUUUAAACUGCUGGAUUCACAUCUGAGCGAAGAUUUAGAUGAUAAAAGUCCGACAAGUCCUUCACAGCCCACGGUGGCGGGUCCCGGUCAUAUUUCUGCUUCGUCAUCCACAUCGUCGGCGGGCACACUCAGCACGGCUGACAAAUCGAAGAAACGUUCCAAACUAUGUUCGCUAUUGUGACGUAAGCCCUCCAAUUAGAAUUUGGUGACCUCCACCGCAGAUAAGAACAGCAGUGGUGGGGGGUCGACCGACGUCUAAUUGGAGUUUAGAGCGCAAGCAGAGGCUUAGGAAAAGUAAUAUUUUUUAACGAACGCAGGAAAUUAAGUAAUUUGUGAGUAAGAAUGAAAUCCAGCGUGCAAAAUAUGCUACACGCAAAAUAGGAAAUUAAGAAGAAGCAGAGCUAAAAAACCAAACAUGUAACCAAAAAUCAAAAUUUUUAGUGAAAAAAGAAAAAAACAAUUUUUGAAGAAAAUCAAAAGAGUUUAAAAACAAAAAAUGGUUUAUUCACGAGUGCACAAAAAGAAACACAAAAAACAGAUUGAGAAGUUUUCUGGUUUUCCAAAAAUAUUUGAGGUGAAAAUAUCAGCAAUAUUUUAGUGCAGCAAUUUA